AUGACAUUAGGCAUGAAGCAGGAACUUUGUGAAGAAGCAGAACCAUGUAGGAAGGGGUCUGAUGAACAUGAUGGAACUCUGUCUCAGCAUGCCAAAUGCACAGGAGACAGUGAGCCUAAUGGAAGUUUGGAAACGCAGGAUGGGGGUGCCACAGAAUGUGGAAGGGCCUUCAUCAGACAUGCAGAACUUACCCAGCACCAGGGGCUUCGCAGCAUGGAAAGGCUUAUCACUGUAAAGAGUGUGGCAAAAGUUUCAGUCAGAAAGCAGGCCUCUUCCAACAUCUCAAAAUCCACACUAGAGAAAAGCCAUAUCGGUGUACUUUCAGACCUCACUGAACAUCAGCGAUUCCACAGCAAAGAGAAACCUUACAAAUGUAAUGAGUGUGGGAAAACCUUCAGGCAAUGUUCACAACUUACUGAGCAUCAGCAAAUUCACAGUGAAGAAAAACCCUAUAAAUGUAAAGUGUGUGGAAAAGCCUUCACUCAGUAUGCAGGACUUAACCAGUACCAGAGAAUCUAUACCGGAGAGAAACCUUUUGAAUGUCCUGUAUGUGGACGAGCCUUUAGCUGGAGCUCAGAACUCAUAAUCCAUCACAGAACCCACGCGGGGGGAAAACCCUAUGAGUGUGCCGAGUGUGGAAAAGCCUUUAGCAUGAGCUCAACCCUGAUCAUACAUCAAACAAGUCACACUGGAGAGAAAAAAUAUAAGUGUGACGAGUGUGGAAAGACCUUUACUCGGUCAACUGGCCUGCGGAACCAUAAAAGAAUCCACACUGGGGAUAAAACCUACCAGUGUUCUGAAUGUGGGAAGAGCUUUGCCCAGAGCUCAGGCCUUGUUCGCCAUCACAGAAUCCACACUGGGGAGAGACCCUAUGAGUGUAGUGAGUGUGGGAAGACCUUUAGUCGGAGCUCUGGUCUUUUCAAUCACCGAGGGAUCCACAACCUGCAGAAACGGUCCCGCUGUGCGGAGUGCGGGAAGGCCUUCAGUCAGAGUGCGGGUCUGAUCCCGCAUCAGAGAACCCACAGGGGAGAGAGGCCCCAUCGGUGCGGCCAGUGCGAGAAGAGCUACAGUCGGCGUCCGUUCCUCGUCGAGCACCCGAGGGGCCACACGGGGGAGCGGCCGCAAUGCACCAAGUGUGGGAAGAGCUUCAGCCGCCACAGCAGCCUCAUCCGCCAUCAGAAGACCCACACGGCGGCCGGUUUCCCGGACCACUGGCCAAGUCCCCGGGGGAGGCUAAGGCGAGAAAACGUCUUUCUUCACGUCCCACUAGGUGCGUUUUGGGACAAGUUCUGA